AUGUCUGGCAAGCACUGUUAUCUCGGUGUUUAUGACAUUUCCAUUUCAGGAACCAGUGACAUCUUUCUUAUCACCCAAGCUCACAGUGAAGAUGAGAUUUCUGGUGCUGUUGCGGAGUUGGAAAGGCAAAAGCAGGACACUAGCACAAUACGUGUGUACAUCGAUGAAAUAUGCGACAGACCUGUAUUUCAGGAACUGCUCCAGAACUACUACAGUUGCAACUUUGGAGUCGAUCCGAAGCUGAAAUCCUACCGAACGGGAUUUAAUGGGCUGAUGUCUCUGUGGAAGUCUAACGCCAACCAUGUAUGUUCUGAUAUCGUGCAAGCCAAGCUUGUCGAAGCAACGAGAUUUAGGUCUCACAGCUUCCAGGCAUAG